AUGUCUCGGCCUCUGACGGACCAGGAGAAGCGGAAGCAGAUCAGCAUCCGUGGCAUCGUUGGCGUGGAGAACGUGGCGGAGCUGAAGAAAGGCUUCAACCGGCACCUCCACUUCACCCUGGUCAAAGACCGCAAUGUGGCCACUCACCGCGACUACUACUUUGCCCUAGCCCACACUGUCCGCGAUCACCUGGUGGGCAGGUGGAUCCGAACCCAGCAGUACUACUACGAGAAGGACCCCAAGAGAGUUUACUACCUUUCCUUGGAGUUCUACAUGGGCCGGACUCUGCAGAACACCAUGAUAAACCUGGGAUUGCAGAAUGCCUGCGAUGAAGCAAUUUAUCAGCUGGGGCUGGACAUUGAAGAGCUGGAGGAGAUUGAAGAAGAUGCCGGCCUGGGCAAUGGAGGUCUUGGCAGACUUGCAGCCUGCUUCCUCGAUUCGAUGGCCACCCUCGGGCUCGCAGCCUACGGUUAUGGGAUACGCUAUGAGUACGGCAUAUUCAACCAGAAGAUCAGAGACGGAUGGCAGGUGGAGGAAGCUGACGAUUGGCUCAGACACGGGAACCCCUGGGAGAAAGCCCGCCCAGAAUACAUGCUUCCCAUUCAUUUUUAUGGAAGAGUGGAGCACACCCAGGCCGGCGUGAGAUGGGUCGACACUCAGGUGGUCCUGGCUUUGCCCUACGACACCCCGAUUCCCGGCUACAUGAACAACACGGUGAACACCAUGAGGUUGUGGUCGGCUCGGGCCCCCAACGAUUUCAACCUCCGCGACUUUAACGUUGGCGAUUACAUUCAGGCUGUGCUGGACAGAAAUGUGGCUGAGAACAUUACCCGCGUCCUUUACCCAAAUGAUAACUUUUUCGAAGGGAAGGAGCUGCGCUUGAAACAAGAAUACUUUGUGGUGGCUGCCACCCUGCAGGACAUCAUCCGGCGAUUCAAAGCCUCCAAAUUUGGGAGCAACGAAAGCGUCCGGACGGCUUUUGAUUCCUUUCCAGACCAGGUUGCCAUCCAGCUGAACGACACCCAUCCCGCCCUGGCUAUCCCCGAGCUGAUGAGAGUGUUUUUGGACAUUGAAAAGCUGCCAUGGGACAAGGCCUGGGACAUCACCACGCGGACUUUUGCCUACACGAACCACACGGUUCUCCCCGAAGCCCUUGAGCGCUGGCCGGUGGAGCUGGUGGAGAACCUGCUGCCCAGACACCUCCAGAUCAUCUAUGAAAUCAACCAGAGGCACCUGGACAGAAUCAGAGCCAUGUUUCCAAAGGACGUGGACCGCCUCCGGCGGAUGUCCCUGAUCGAAGAGGAAGGCAUAAAACGCAUCAACAUGGCGCACCUCUGCAUCGUGGGCUCGCAUGCUGUCAACGGGGUCGCCAAGAUCCACUCGGAUAUCAUCAAGUCGCAAGUGUUCAAGGACUUUGCAGAGGUGGAGCCAGAGAAGUUUCAGAAUAAAACCAACGGCAUCACACCUCGGCGGUGGCUCCUGCUAUGCAACCCGGGACUCGCAGAGUUAAUUGCAGAGAAAAUAGGAGAGGAGUACGUCAAGGACCUGAGCCAGCUGACGAAGCUGCACCGGUUUGCUAAUGACGAGCUUUUCAUCCGGGAAGUGUCCAAAGUCAAACAGGAGAACAAGGUCAAGUUUGCCCAGUAUUUGGAGAAGGAAUACAAGGUGAAGAUCAACCCGUCUUCCAUGUUUGACGUCCAGGUCAAGAGGAUCCACGAAUACAAGCGCCAGCUCAUGAACUGCCUGCACAUCAUCACCAUGUACAACCGCAUCAAGAGAGACCCCAUGAAACUGUUUGUGCCCCGGACGGUGAUCAUUGGCGGCAAAGCUGCUCCCGGCUACUACGUGGCCAAGAUGAUCAUCAAGCUCAUCACCUCCGUGGGCCACGUGGUCAACAACGACCCUGUGGUGGGGAACAAGCUGAAGGUCAUCUUCCUGGAAAACUACAGAGUCUCGUUGGCCGAGAAAGUGAUCCCCGCCACAGAUCUGUCGGAGCAGAUUUCCACAGCAGGCACUGAAGCGUCUGGCACCGGCAACAUGAAAUUCAUGCUCAACGGGGCCCUGACCAUUGGGACGAUGGAUGGUGCCAACGUUGAGAUGGCAGAGGAGGCUGGAGAAGAGCACCUCUUCAUCUUUGGCAUGAGAGUGGAGGAUGUGGCUGAGCUGGACCGGAGAGGGUACAAAGCUCAGGAAUAUUACGAGAGGCUUCCUGAGCUGAAGCAAGCCAUGGAUCAGAUCAAGAGUGGCUUCUUUUCACCAAAGGAGCCCGACCUUUUCAAAGAUUUGGUCAACAUGUUGUUCCACCAUGACCGGUUCAAAGUCUUCGCAGACUACGAAGCUUACGUCAAAUGUCAGGACAACGUCAGUCAACUCUACAUGAACGCCAAGGAGUGGACCAAAAUGGUGAUCAGGAACAUCGCCGCCUCGGGGAAGUUCUCCAGCGACCGGACCAUUAAGGAGUACGCCCGGGACAUCUGGGGGGUGGAGCCUUCCGAUUUGAAGAUCCCGCCCCCCAAUAUGCCCCGGGACGUGGCGGACGAGAUGCUGGCCAACGACACGUCCGAAAAGAUGCACGUCUGAGUUUGCACGAGCCCCGGAGAGUUAGCUCUACCUGCGUAGUGAGUGUGCGGUCCUGUGUGAUUUGUGCAAGACAGACUCACGCUUGUUUAGUGGCGCUAACAGUAGUUAAAAGUUGUGGGCUUGGCUCUUUUUAUUUCUGCUUUGAUUGGCGUUGAAAGGGGGACCUGACUUAUUCCGUGAAUUCUGCAGACGUGCAAAGAAGGUUGAAGGGCGCUUGUGAGUGUCUUGAACCCUCGCCCUCCUUGCCUUCCCUUGGCAGCCUGGGAAUUCCUAGUCCUAAGGCACUUUUUGGAAGCUCCCAAGAACGGCCUACUGUUGAACCUCCUGCAAAACCAGUUUCCGGGAGGGACCAAUGGCAAGGAUAAAAUCAACAAGCUGCUCUUUUGCAUCCUUAUCUCUUUUUAAAAGAUAACAAAGGGAGUUGCCCAAGAUUGGUUACCCAUCAGAUAAACCCUUAGCAGAGGGUGUGGGACCUGUCUGGUGAGAGAGGUGAGUUGAAAAUGGUGGCAGCAGAGUCCCUGGGGGUCUUAAUGUUUCUGUCUCGGCCGUCUUGUUGCCAAGGGUCUUCCCCCCAAAAAAGGGGCCCCUGCUCCAACUUGCCUAUGAGGACCUCCAGAAAUCCUUUCUGCAUUUUAAAGCUCUGUCUCUGAGCCUGUUGUUAUGGGUUGUUUUUUCCUCCCAGCUUUUGGCAAAUGGCAGUCUGGUUUUCUGCGGCUUCUUAUUUGGCAUUAAAAUGUGGCUUUUCCCAGGGGAAGCACUGGAACGGAAACAAAAACCCACCCACUCAGAUGCAGAUCUUUAAAGUACAGACCUGUGAAUGGAAAUUGGGGUGCAAAAGGAAGUCCCUAUAAUCUGUCCCACAGUCGCUGGACCAAAGUGCUUUUAACUGAUACCCUGGGGUAUUGCAGCAGGUGCUAUGCGUUCGAUGCCAUAGGUGUGCUCAAAAGGUACAUGCCGGCUGCUUGCGUGCAGUGAGAAAGAUGCGCUAAGAAGGGGAGAGAGUGCUCAGGUAGUGCUUAAAAUAUCCACUUGUAGGUGCAUUGAUACAAAAAAAGAAGCAGGAAACCCCACAUCUUUGCAAGGGCUGCGUGCAUCAGUUUGUGUUCCCGUCUCCCCGCUUUCUUGUCUCCCGGGUCCAUGCCACAAAUCUUGCAUUCCUGAACAUUCACCUGGUAAAAUAAAACGAAAUCCACUC